CCCGAGACCGGAUCCAGGAAAUACGAGGCGGGCCUCAGUGGGAGGGACGGAGCGAAGGAGGAGGGAGCAAGGGGGCGGCGGCAGCGGUGGCUCACACCGGAUCUGCCCUCGGCGCGCCGCGCAACGGAGGGGUGUCGGGGAAUCAGUGUCCGCUCGGACCCCCCCACCCCCCGUGGCAGCCAGCCAAGGGAGUGAGGGCCAAGUGGCGGAGCUUGGAGCGGCUGCGAGGGCUUGGACAGUGUGGCCAAGAUUUUUUUCAAGUUAUUCACCCUGAAUUAUAGUGUGAUCAACUUUACAAGGUGUCUUAGUUGAAGUUUUGUCAAUUGGGAAAUUGAAGAUUUCUUGACUACUGAAAAGAAGGUCAUUUCAGAGCUGGAGAUGUGAAUAAAAGACUCUUCCAGAACUCAUAGAACAUAUUGAGUAGAAAAUGACAGAGGUGUUGGAAGAUUAUUACUUUUGGAAGGCCUGUUAAUAUCCAUUUCCUAAGAGACACUUGACCAACAUUUACUCUGGCAUGGCGCAAAGCAGUCCACAGCUUGAUAUUCAGGUUCUCCAUGAUCUCCGACAACGUUUUCCAGAAAUUCCAGAGGGUGUGGUAUCUCAGUGCAUGUUACAGAAUAACAACAAUCUAGAAGCCUGUUGCCGAGCCCUUUCCCAGGAGAGCAGCAAAUACUUGUAUAUGGAAUACCAUAGUCCAGAAGACAAUAGAAUGAACAGAAAUCGCCUUUUGCAUAUUAAUCUGGGUAUCCAUUCUCCUAGUAGCUACCACCCAGGAGAUGGAGCUCACCUCAAUGGUGGUCGAACACUGGUACAUAGUUCAAGUGAUGGACAUAUUGAUCCUCAGCAUACAGCAGGCAAACAGUUGAUAUGUUUAGUUCAGGAACCACACUCAGCUCCAGCUGUCGUGGCUGCUACUCCAAACUAUAAUCCAUUUUUUAUGAAUGAACAGAACAGAAGUACAGCUACUCCUCCUUCACAGCCACCUCAGCAGCCAUCUUCCAUGCAAACAGGAAUGAAUCCAUCUGCUAUGCAAGGGCCUUCACCACCACCACCUCCAUCUUACAUGCACAUACCUCGGUAUAGUACAAAUCCAAUUACUGUUACAGUGUCCCAAAACCUCCCUUCUGGACAGACUGUACCAAGAGCUUUACAGAUUCUUCCACAAAUUCCAAGCAAUCUCUACGGAUCUCCUGGUUCUAUUUAUAUUAGACAGACAUCUCAGAGUUCAUCAGGAAGACAGACUCCUCAAAAUGCUCCAUGGCAGUCCUCACAACAAGGUCCAGUGCCUCAUUACAGCCAACGUCCUUUACCUGUUUAUCCACAUCAACAGAACUAUCAACCUUCUCAGUAUUCUCCUAAACAACAGCAGAUUCCCCAGUCCGCUUACCAUUCACCGCCUCCUUCUCAGUGUCCUUCCCCCUUUAGCUCUCCACAACAUCAAGUACAACCAUCCCAGCUGGGACACCCAAGCUCUCAUGUGUUUAUGCCACCUAGUCCUUCAACUACUCCACCCCACCUAUAUCAACAAGGACCUUCUAGUUAUCAGAAACAGGGAAGUCAUUCAGUAGCCUAUCUCCCUUACCCAGCAUCUAGCUUACCCAAAGGUUCCAUGAAGAAGAUAGAAAUCACAGUUGAACCUUCUCAACGACCUGGGACAGCAAUAACUAGGAGUCCUUCACCCAUCAGUAAUCAACCAUCUCCAAGGAACCAGCACUCACUGUAUACCGCCACCACGCCACCUUCAAGUUCUCCGUCAAGAGGGAUAUCUAAUCAACCCAAACCUCCAUUUAGUGUUAAUCCUGUAUAUAUUACAUAUACACAGCCAACUGGACCUUCAUGUGUUCCAUCACCAUCUCCUCGGGUGAUACCAAACCCAACCACAGUCUUUAAAAUUACUGUAGGCCGAGCAACAACUGAAAAUCUUUUAAAUUUAGUGGACCAAGAAGAACGCUCUGCAGCACCAGAACCUAUUCAGCCUAUUUCAGUGAUACCAGGCUCUGGGGGAGAAAAAGGGAACCACAAGUAUCAGAGGAGUUCUAGUUCUGGGUCAGAUGACUAUGCCUAUACACAAGCCUUGCUGUUACAUCAGCGAGCAAGAAUGGAGAGGUUAGCAAAGCAAUUGAAACUUGAAAAAGAGGAGCUGGAGCGGUUGAAGGCUGAAGUAAACAGUAUGGAACAUGACCUGAUGCAGAGACGGCUCAGAAGGGUCAGUUGCACCACUGCAAUCCCCACGACUGAGGAAAUGACAAGAUUGAGAAGCAUGAACAGACAACUCCAAAUAAAUGUUGACUGUACACUGAAAGAAGUUGACCUCCUUCAAUCUAGAGGAAACUUUGAUCCAAAAGCCAUGAAUAAUUUUUAUGACCAUAUAGAACCUGGACCAGUUGUACCACCGAAGCCAUCUAAAAAAGACUCCUCAGACCCCUGUACAAUUGAGAGAAAAGCCCGAAGAAUUAGUGUGACGUCCAAAGUACAAGCAGAUGUCCAUGAGUCCCAGGCAGCAGCUACAGAUGAACAUUUAAGUGGCUGCAAACAGAGUCCUCGGACACAACCCCGAGAUGAGGAUUAUGAAGGAGCUCCGUGGAAUUGUGACAGCUGUACCUUUCUCAACCACCCUGCACUGAAUCGCUGUGAACAGUGUGAGAUGCCGCGGUACACUUGAGUUCAGAAGAAUUGGUACCAGGUUGAAAGUGAAACUUUGAGCACUCACUGAAAGAAAAGGAAACCUUGGGGUUGUGUUCAUCUGCCCAGCCUUUUCGUUUCUUGAUUGCCCUGGGGGAGGAGGAGGAAUGGCACUCUGGCCACUGGGCUUACAAAAGGGAAAAUGGGGAGGUCUUUCUCUUUUCCUUUCUUAACUCAUUACAGAGUGAGAGGUAGAAGGGGAUACUUGAAACUGGGAAAGGAUUCAUUCCUGAAAGAAUGUACACAAAGAACUUAAGGGCUCUUCUGUGGAAUCCCAGUUGUUAAAGUUACUGCUGAAUGGUUCUUACUUUUUAAAGGUGAAAUUUGAAUUAUGGUAGGACAUGUUACAGUUUAUGCAGACAAACUGUGAAUUCCAGAGCAGACUUACAUGGUCACAGCUCUCUGGAAACCAAGGCUUCCUGUGCCUCUUCCUGCUGCUUCCUGUGAAGAGAUGGACAGGAAAAAGCACCCAGGAUAUGUUUUAUUUUCCUUUUGCAAAAUAAUGAAUUUAUUUGUAAUUGCUGCUUUUUUCGGGGAUAAUUUCAAACACAUUCAUAUGCAAACAGGAUACUUUAAAAUGUGAUUUGUAGUAGUCAGGAAUUAGGCAUAUCAUGCCCUUUGUGAGAAAAGUACAAUCAGAGGUAGUAAUAUCUCUUUUGCUUGAACAGUGGUUCAUCAAGCUACAUUGACACUGGUAACUAAGACCUACUUAUGCCACAUAGAUUAUUGUAUACUUUCUUAGGUUAUUGAUUUUAAAAGUAAUUAAGUAUGGUUUUACAAAAUUACAUUCUCAUAAAUCCGUGCUUUGCAGUAGCACAGUGAAUGUAUGCCAAAUGCAAGUCCAUUCCAAAUCCCAUUGGAAAUCCUAAGCUCAGCUGUGGUUCUUAAGAAAUGCUUGCAGUAUAUAGGGCCUCCCACUUCUGGUUUGUGAUGAAUACAUGAUGUUUACAGCACAGAAGAUACUUUGUACCAUAGUUCUAAUUUAGCUGAAAAAGUCAAUAUGAGCUAUUUAUUUGCACAUGUGUUAACCAGCCAAUGAGAGGGAAAUUGAAGUUGCAUCUUUGGAAGAGCAAGAUAAGACUACUCAAUAAAUAUGGUUGGGCUGGGGAUACAGCUCAGUGGAAGUUCAGUAGCCUAGCAUACACAAGGUGCUCUUAAGUAGGGAAAGAAAAAAAAAUACCAUCGAAAGAAUGAUGUAUAUAGGGGGUUGAAUUUUUUUUUUUUUUAGUUGAACAGACAGAUCAUACUGAAAUCUGACAGUUCAGGGAAUACUAAAGCACUACUUAAGAAACAGAAUGCAGUGUGAAUACACUGAAAAAGAUAAUAUAUCAAGCCUCUUGCUGUGAUGUAUCAUGAGAAAAAUAAUAAUAGUAUAUUCAAGUAGGUUUCUGCCUUAAAUUUCCUUCUUGGCUUAGAAUUGAAUUUUGGAAUUUCUCCCCAUUUUAGGUGAACAUAGACAGCAAUAAAGUUGGUAGGUUUAUUAUGUCCUGAAGGAUUUUACCUGAGGUCAUAACCUUAGGAAUACCAGGUUUGUCCCCACCUCCUAUAUACACAGGCACUUUGUACUGUCACUCUUGUCAUUUAGCAGUAAUGUCUGCAGACCUGGAAAAACAAGCUGCACUCAAUAGCAUUUUGAAACCAAAGGAAUAACUCAUUGUAGUUUUCUAUUAGAAUCAUAAUCUUACACAUUGCAUAUAGCCUCCAUAUGUGGUGAAUGCCCCAAAAUACAUCCAUUUGUCUCAUGAAGAGCAUGAUUAUGUAAUUACUGGUAAAUAUCUGUCACACAACUGUGGCAAAACUGUGAAAAUAAUAAUGGUAGAAAAGCAGACAGGCUCAAAACUAUGGACUUAGAAAGGUUGAAAUGCUUGUGACACGGGUCUCUUGUCAGUCCCCAGUACCAGUCUAGCAGUCCUACUGUUCUUUAAGGUGCCCUUGCCUUUGUGUGAAUUCUUGUCUCUCUUAGUGAUAAAGCACUUCACUUGCUGUUACAAAACAAAUCAGGGGGAACAUACACCUUACUUGGUAUAUCUACCUAAAAGAUAUACAAGUUUUUGUAGUAAAAUGCUGAAAUACCAAUAUGGUACUUGUCAGUUGAAAAUAAAAGUAGCAUGUGUGAAAAGUAUGAUGCUUUAUUAAAACCAUGUAGAUGAUACUAAAACUAUUGCAUGAAUAUACACCAAGGUCAAUAAGCUGUUACCGUUUCAGUCCUUUGGUGAUAGUCAAUCAUUUCUUUCACCUGCCAGAAAAAAUGAGGCAACGGUUGAUUGGCUUGGUAUGGAAGGUAGGUAUGAGACAUCAGAGGAACUUUAAGGAAGUUUUGUACAGUUAGGUUUUAGUUCACAAGUUUCAUAUGCCCACAUAGGCUGUACUCAAUUCCUAAAAGUAAACAAAAUAGCUUGACACUGAAGUCCCAUAUAUAGACUGUUCCUUAGCUAUUACCAGUUCGAGUAAGAAUUCAUUGAACCUUCCAAGUGUUUUCAUUUUUCCCAGAAUGUUCUCCUGGUCAGAUUAUUGUACAUAAGCAAGUGGUUGCCAUAUAAUGGUAGGGUAGAACUUGGGUGAUGCCUGCUGCUUAGGUGUCCAUGCCCUUUGGAUUAGUUGGUGCACUCUUAUUUCAUGUAAGAGGCUUCCUUUCUUAAAAUACUAGUUUGAUGUAUCUGGUAACACAGACCUGACUCUACAUUUUACAUUUCACUAUUUCUGUAAGCUGGAUUUUUAGAAAGCAUGUUUCCAUGUGUUAAAAGAACAUUACCGCCACACACACACACCCCCCCCCACUAAAUUUUGGAGUUCUUAAAGUUUAAAGUGGAAAUAGAGGAGCCACAAACUUCUAAGCAUUUUUAAAUGUUUUGGAUUGAUACGGAUGUAGUUUGAGAGAAGAUAGAGGCAGGGAAUAUUAAAGAAACAAAAGAAAUACAUUGUACAAAUAUGUAGUUUUUAGAGAAGAUUAAUGAUGGUGGAGGAAAGUAUUGCUAAUUUGUUUAUUUCCCAGGAAGAAAUGGGAAGUGUGAUAUGCAGUUUAAUUUUUAAGGAGCUGGUCUCAAUUUUAGUACUUUCUAAAUAUAAAAGAAAUCAAUGUUUCCUUAAAUUUUGUCAUUUGUCACAGUUAUCUAGGGGUUCAUAUCCAACUCUGUAGCAACUCAAUUUUAUAUAGUCUUUUAAAAAGUAAUUGUUUUAUGUAUUUCUGAGAGUAUGAAGAGAAAGAAUAUGAGGCAUAGAACUGUCUUUUAGAAAUAUCAGUGAUGUAUCCUGGAAUGUGAAGAUGUCCUUUCAAGAUUACAAAUUGAAUUAUUUUAAUAAUGUACCACUGUUAGACCUUGAAUGACUCUGUGUUGCAGUAUGUGUCUGUAUAUCUGUAGAGAAAGGGAAAUGACAAUUGAAAUGUUACUUUAAAAACUUAGAAUUGGGCACUGUCUGUGUUGCACCACUACUGUAUCUUCUUUUGAAAGAAUUGACAGUAUUUCCCUGUUGUGAAAGUUAAUUCUGAUGAUGUUUCAGAGUCACCAGAUUUUUUUCUGUAUUAUUUUGCAUCCCCAAAUAUUUAGUACAUGUAAAAUUGUGCAUGGCUUGGGCAUUCCAAGAUAACAGAAUGAUGAGUCAAUUUUAGUUUCUAAAGCCAUAAAAAGUUGCUUUGAGACUGAACAGUUCUGAGUUAUUUAUAACAACACCCAUUGUCCAUGUUUCUUUCUCAAUUGUAAAAGAAUUGAUCAGUUUCUUCAUUAAGGCUGCAAGAAAUUAAUUAAAUCUUGUAUAUACCAUAUCUCUUAGAUUUUUGUGUAUGCUGUGAAGGACAUUAUUUUGAGGAGAAAUUGUACAAAGGCAUAUUAAAAGGCUAUGCAUGCACUGUACCUCCAAGCAGUACAUAUUCAGAAAGUCAAAGUUUCCUGCAAAAUAAAUUAAUAAACUAAAAACAUACUCUA